UAUCCUCUUCUCGUUUCUGUUACAUUUAAAAGAAUAGUUCUUGACGAAACGCUCCGUGUGAAUAUUCAUAUUUACGAUCUACAAAAGGAGAAACGUGCUUUUGAUGGUAAUACUAAUUAAUAACUCGAACAAUACGCCAUAAAUUAUCUGACUUCCCUAGUAACAUCGUGUUUAUAUUUCAAAUCGAGCAUUAUGGCGCCCUAUCCGCACCCUGUCCCUGUAAGAAAUAAUCCUCCCGAAAAUGAAAAUGCUAUACCAAACGGUCAUGUUGUUGGAGGAAAUGAUGAUCUCGAAGAGGAAAAUGCUAUACCAAACGGUAAUGCUUUUGGAGGAAAUAAUGAUGUUGAAGAUGAAAUUGCUAUACCGAACGGUCAUGCUGUUGGAGGAAAUAAUGAUGUCGAAAAUGAAAAUGCUAUACCGAACGGUCAUGCUGUUAGAGGAAAUAAUGAUCUCGAAAAUGAAAAUGCUAUACCAAACGAUGGUCUCUUUAGAGGAAUUGAUCUUUUCAACGAUGAAGUUUAUAAUACGAUGCCAAACGAUAUAGAGUUUGCUACCUACUUUGAUCCUCUAAGAAAUCUUAAUGAACCAGGAUUAUUCAUUGGAUAUAGAUUAUUUCCAUCUACCCUCGAACACAUAAAAAAUGUUUUGUACGUCGGAUUGCACCAACUUUUCGACGAAUUCGAAAUUAAUGUGGUUAGCUGCCCCUGUCUAACCAGACCGCCGUACAAUCUUGCCGCAGUUGGACUAUCUGGUAACACGUCGUCUUUGCGCGUUGGUGGGUUAAAUCAUUUAGCAAACCUGCGAACAGAAAUAACAUGCGACAUUCGAGAUCAAUUAUUAAGAUAUUGUCAUGAUUCCUUUAUUAUUGGAGGAGGUUAUGCCGUAAGACCAUCUAUGCUUUACAAUGGUGUUCUUACUAUGAAUGCGACAGUCUUGCCACCUGAAAAUGUUAAUAAUGACAGUCGUAUCGCUUAUGAAGAUGAUAUUGGGCAUUUACAACUGAAAGAGAUCACAGAUUCCAAUCAAAUGGUAUGCUCUAUGUUGGGCAACUUCUUCUUCAGUGAAGGGAGACAAGGAAUGGUGAUCAAAAUACGUGCUAAAGGGCGCAGAUUCCAAUGCAGCAUCAUAUUGCUAAUGCAGUGUAUUCUGAGAAAAUAUUGUCAAUGUUCACUUGUUUUAGGUGGAGUGUUCGUACUAAACGGGGGACAAGCCGAAUGCUAUAUUACACCAGAAGAUUAUCCAGUGGACCUUAUAUACCCGGACGGGUUAAAGAUGUAUCAAUAUGACUGUAAGGAUCUAAUAGCUGUUGGCAUAUUAGGCAAUACUAAAAUCGAGCUUAGUUUUCGGCAUCCUAACGGAUAUCACUACAUUGAAAGCCGUUAUAAAUUUCACAUUUUCUCUAAAGAUGAAUCGGCCGGCAUAUUCGUGAACGAUAUCACACCGGAAGAGACAGAAUACAUUGGUUACUUUAAUAUAGUGCGAACAGCAUAUCUCUAAAAGUGACAAAUUUUCAUUCUUGAUAUAAAAUCAAAUCCUUUCUAUUAAUGCAUUAUAUGUCAUGAGAAAUUUACAGCAGAAAAAUGUUGUCGCAAAGCAUUCAUGAGGAAGAUAUCAUUUUGAGAUAUCUUACAUUAAUCUUUAGGUUUGCACAAGGAUUAUUUUAGAACGCUAAUAAUUCGCUAUCUAAUACUUAUUAAUAUUGCGAUACUUACUGAAUUAGUAGUUCAAAUGGUCUACGUUUCUGUUUUGAUUGACAAUGAAGAAAAAUAUUAGAGAAACGUUAAAAGAUUCGAUGAUAUUUUUCUUUUUCUCAGUAAACUUUUGCUCUUACUUUUUCUGCAGAUGAAUCAAUUUGUGUUAGACUUUUUUUAUAAUUGGUAUAAAUAUAUCAAUAUAAUAUGUACAUAGAAUAUUUUUAGAUAAAUAUAUGUGAUUCUUCG